CCAAGCCGGGAGCUCCGAGGGACGUGCCCGGAGUGGGGAAGCGGAGCGAUUCGGGGGGCGAGCCUGCCCGAAAUGUGGGGAGCGCCGGCUGCCCCGCGGGGCCACCCCGCUCCCCCCGGGCUGCUGCCGCUGACCUGGCUGCUGGCGCUGCACGCAGGUCUGCUGGCAGGGGUGAACAUCACCAGCCCCACGCCGCUGGUGCGGGGCACGGCGGGCAAGGCGGCGCUGCUGUCGGUGCGCUACGCCAGCGCCAGCGCCGACAAGCCCGUGGUCAAGUGGCAGCUGAAGAGAGACAAACCCGUCACCGUGGUCCAGUCCAUCGGCACCGAGAUCAUCGGCAACCUGCGGCCCGACUACCGCGACCGCAUCCGCGUGCUGGAGAACGGCUCGCUGCUCAUCAGCCCCCUGCAGCUGGCCGACGAGGGCGCCUACGAGGUGGAGGUGUCCAUCACCGACGACACCUUCACCGGCGAGAAGACCAUCAACCUCACCGUGGACAUUCCCGUCUCAAAGCCACAAGUGCUGGUGGCCUCCUCAACGGUGCUGGAGCUCAGUGAGUUCUUCACCCUCAACUGCUCGCACGAGAAUGGCACCAAGCCCACCUACACCUGGCUGAAGGACGGGCGGCCGCUGAGCAACGACUCGCGCCUGCUCCUCUCCCCUGACCAGAAGAUCCUCACCAUCACCCGUGUCCUCAUGGCUGACGAUGAUGUCUACAGCUGCCUGGUGGAGAACCCCAUCAGCCAUGGCCGCAGUGUCCCCGUGAAGCUCACUGUUUACCGCCGGAGCUCUCUCUACAUCAUCCUGUCCACGGGCGGCAUCUUCCUUCUUGUCACCCUGGUGACAGUUUGUGCCUGCUGGAAACCCUCCAAGAAGGAGAAGCGACAAGCAGAGACACAACCAACCUCUGACUACGCCGAGCAGGACGAGGAGCGCCUGAAGCACGAGGCCGAGGGCAUCCCACGGAGCGGCGAGCACGAGCGCAAGAACCCGGUGGCUUUGUACAUCCUUAAAGACAAGGACUCUCCGGAGGCGGAGGAGGAUUCGCUGCCCGAGCCCCGCGGCACGGUGGAGCCCGGCUACAGCAGCUCGCCCGUGCCCGCCGCCGGCCGCUCGCCGGGCCCCGUGGGGCGCUCCACCCGCCGCUACCAUCGCUCGCCGGCUCGCUCGCCCGCCUCGACGCGGACGCACCGCUCCCCGCCGGGCUCCCCGGCGCGGUCCCGCGGCGCCCCGCGGCUGCUGCGGACUGCGGGCGUGCACGUUAUCCGCGAGCAGGAGGAGGCCAACGCCGUGGAGAUCAGUGCCUGAGCAGCGGACUGUGCGCGCUUUGGUGGCGGCGUGCGAGGGGCAGGGACACCGGCACGGCCGCGCUGCCGCCGCCGAGCGAGCGGGGACACCGGCACGGCCCUGCUCCGCCACUGGGCGUCAUUCUGCUCGGCGUAAAGUCACUAAUUUCCUAUUGAUCCCACCCAGAGCUCCCCUCUUCCGUCCCCCGUCUUCCUGGGGCAUCGCUUUAAUGGCUUUCUCGCCGGGACGAGUGUGCACACGCGUGUGCAGAGACAACAUGCAAUCAGCGCACGGAGAGUGUGCCAGGGGUGCAUGGAGCAUGCAGAGGGAGCGAUGGAGCGCUGCACACGUGGAUGGGGCGUGCAGGAGGGCACAUGGACUGUGCACACGGGGGCAGGCACCAGGACGUGCAGCAAGUGUGCACACAGGAUGCACAGAGUGUGGAAGAGAACACGUGGAGAGCACACACACGGAGCGUGCAGCUAAGGCUGCAGAGUGUGCACAGAGGGUUUAUGGAGUGUGCAGUGUCCACUGAGCCUGCAUGGCCUUUGUGAGCGUGCCAGCCCUGCGUGUGUGUUCCAAGCAUGCACAGAGUCCAUGCAGAGAGCACCUGUGCAGAGUGUGCAGGGAGCGUGGGGAGGGAACAUGCACACAGCAUUUGCACGGGACAUGCACACAGCACAUGGUGAGUGUGCAGAGGGUGAGCACAGAGGGUGUGUGCAGUGCUUGCACAAAGCACACACAGAGCAUGAAUGGUGUGGAGGAAAGAGCGUGCACAAAGUGAGCAGCUGAAUGUGCUCAGAGCAUGCACAAGAGGAGCCUGCAGUGAGUGUGCAAAGAGUGUGUGCUGUGCUUGCACAGGGUGUGUGUGGGGUGUGUGAAGAGAGUGAGCACACAGCAGCUGAGCAUGCUUGGAGCGUGCACACGCACACGGGGAGCACACACACUGCACACCCAGCGACCCUGCAUGCACACGUGUGUGCAAGAGCACGGUGCCUGCCAUGGCACAGCCCCCAUGCAUGGAGCAGGACAUGCACUGGCACACAAGCCACAACACGCACCAGGCAGCCUAAACAGGGGGCUCCCUCCUGCUCCCCAGCUCCCCAGCUGCAAUGUCCCCUAAACGUGGGCUGGAAGCCCUGGUCCAAGCAUUGCCCCUUUGCCAUGGUAGGAUUUUCUGUGAAAAUCCCCCGGUUUUGGGGCACACGGCGCUGUCUCUCCCCAAGCCUUCAUGGGAAAUAGGUUUAGGAUGAAAAGCAGAGAGCGGCCGGCCAAGCGAGCCGGGCCCUGGGGCACCCGGGGUGGGUGCCGGGGCACCCCGGAGUGCUCGGGGUGCACUACUAACCAAUAAACUAAACGUACUACCCGAA